AUGGCUCCGUGGUGGUAUACUGCUGGCAGCACGCUGCUGUUGUCCUCCCUCGGUGCAGCGGCUUGGCCCUACUCAACUUAUAGAUCAACGAACUUCCAGCCGCCCACGCUUGAAGUCAACAAGACCGGCACCGCCGAGCCAGGUUAUCUUUUUCUCGGCCCUCGUGGGGGUGUCCAGCCUGCUGGUCAGGCGGCACUAAUCUACGACGACGAAGGCAACCUUGUCUAUGAAGGCCCCGAAGAGGUCACUGCCAACCUCCGUGUCCAGCAGCUCAACGGUCAAGAUGUCAUUACCUUUUGGUCCGGCACCAUGAUGGACCUGGGCUUCGGUUACGGCGCCGUGCAUAUCCUCGAUAAUACCUACAAGGAAAUCCAUACCAUCACCUUGACCGGCGCCUUUAUCACGCCGGACAACACACCUAAACCCUCGUACAUUGACCUGCAUGAGAGCCAUAUCACUCCCCGGAACACUCUGCUAGUCACUGCCUACAACGUAACUCAGCAUGAUCUGACCUCCCUUGGUGGCAAUUCUUCAGAGUGGAUGCUCGACAGCCACUUCUACGAAAUCGACAUUUCCACUAACCAGAUUCUCUACUCCUGGAGCGCUCUUGACCACGAGGACCAAAUUCCUCUCAACUCCUCGCACCAGAAGCUCGGUGCCGACGCCGGCUCCCAGGAGAACCCUUACGAUGCCUACCACAUCAACUCUAUCACCACCACCAACAACGGCUACCUGGUUUCCUUGCGCCACAUGUGGUCCGGCUAUCACAUCUUCCCCAAUGGCAGCAUCGAAUGGCAACUGAACGGCGCAAACGGCGGCGACUUCGCGCAGAUCGGCAACGCCAACUUCAGCUGGCAACAUGACAUGCGCGUAUACAACGAGACUGACGAGGGUCUGGUACUGAACCUGUUCAACAACGCCAACACUCCUACUGACUCGGAGACCCCAACCACUGGCGUCAGCCUUGCCAUUGACCUGGUAAACAAAAAGGUCACCGGCCUGCGCUCCCUGACCGACCCCAACGACCCAAUCCACUCUGUCAGCCAGGGCAGCUACCAGCUACUCAACGAAGCCAACGGCCACGUAUUCAUGGACUACGGCUCCAUCUCCAAAGUCAAAGAGUACGACGGUGGAGGCAACGUGGUAUUUAGCGCGAAGUUCGGCCCAGAUAACGCCGUCGCCUCAUACCGUGGCUAUCGCUGCCAAUGGAGUGCCAUUCCAUUCUGGAAGCCCUCGUUGACGGUCAACAAGACCACCGAGGGUGCUGCUGUGUAUAUGAGUUGGAAUGGUGCCACUGAUUAUGAUAAUUGGGUAGUCUACUCGGCCGCUUCUGUGAAUUCGGUCAACACGACGCAGAUUGGCAUCGCUAAGCGGACUGGCUUUGAGACUGCGGUUAGUAUUGAUAAUCCGCCUACUAACUUUAUUCAGGUUGCUGCCCGCCAGGGUACAAAGGUUCUUGGUACUUCUGAGAUUGUCUCUUUCUAG